CCCAUGCUAAUGCUCAUGGUCAUGCUCAUGGACACGGUCAUGCUCGUUCUUCUCCCUCACCACCACCACCACCACCACCACCAUUUUAUUCUUAUUUCCCAACUGCUUCUCAAUCAAAUGACUUGAUUUAUGAUAUUCCUUUAGAAAAUUGUAAUGCUGAAACUAAAGCCAAAUUGGAAUCAUUUUUUGAGAAUGAAGGUAUUAAUUCAUUCAUGAAAAAUGUUCAACUUUAUGUUGAUAAUGCAGAAAGAUAUGAAGAAUUAAUUAGAACUGCUUCCCUUGAAGAUAAUGAAAAUCAAUUAGAUGAUGAACUUAAAUUCACUCUCUUGAAGAGUUUAUUAGAUGGUGGCUUAAGACCUCAAACUUCAGAAUCUGCUCCAACUCCACCAGUUACUUCAGAAUCGGUUACUCCAGCUCCAUCCACUUCAGAAUUCUCUGAAAGAUCAACUGUCAUUGUUCCAAAAGAAAUUGAUACUACUGAUAAAGUUGUAAUUAGUACCAAGAAAAUUGGUAAUAAUUCAAGAGUUAUUUCUUUAAUGUUAACUAAUAAUACUACUCAUAUUAUUAAUGGUGGUGAUUUAAAAUUUGAAUUUUAUGAUUCUAUCCGUAAUGAAGUUGUCAUUGUUAAAAAUGCUAAUCUGGUUAAACCUGGUCAAACUAGAUUUUAUAAUUUAGGUGGUAUUAAUAAGAUUUUCGAUAAAUUAUCUGGUAUGAAUAUGAAAAUCACCACUUCAAAUGGUAUUUUAGAAGGUGUUUAUAAUGAAUUUGAUGAUUCUAUUUUAUCAUUUGUUUCAGUUGAUGAUUCAAUGGAAGUUGAUCCAAAAGAAACACUUUUAACUUUAACUAAUGAAGAUGAAAUUAAUGUUACUCUUAUUCCAAAAUCAUCAUCUUUAGCUCAAAUUAUCAUUCAUAAUAGAUCCGAAAAAACAGUUGAUUGUUCUGAUUUGAAAUUAGAAAUUGUUAAUUGUUUUGGUAAAUCAGUAGUUGGUGUUAUGAUUAGAAAAAGUCAUGGUAUUUUACCCGGUAAAAUUGGUAAAUUUAAUAUUGGUUUAAUUAAUGCUCAUAUGAAAUUCCCAUUCAAAUUAAUUAUGAGAAAUGAUUAUAAUAUUGGUCAUUGUGAAUUAAGUUUAAAGAAUUUAAGUGGUAAUUUCAAUUUUGAUCCUCAACCAGUUGAUAAUCAAGUUGAACAACCAGAUUUAAUUAAUCUUGAACAAACUCCAGAAUUUGAUGGUGAAGAUGCAGUUAUGGAAGAAGAUGAUCAUUCUUCAGGUACUGAAUCAAUCAUUGAUGAAAAGGAAGAGAUUGAAGUUGUUACUGAAGAAACUAAAGAAAGAGAAACUCCAGAAUCAGAAGAGUCUUUAUUAGAAAGUGGUUCAAUUCAUUCAAUCAUUGUCCCUUCAUUACCUAAAGAAUCUGUCCCUCUUGUUGAUUCCGAAUAUUUGGAUGCUAAAGAUACUGUUACCGAAUCAAAGGCUGAAGAAGCUGAAACCCCAGCCGAAGAACCUCAACAUGAAGAUGAUUAUGAUAUCAUUAGUGAUGGUGACCAUGAAUUUGAUUCUGAUUUUGAAAUCUUAUCUCCAGUUACCAGUAAUCAAUAGAACAGAUGAACUAUUUUACCUUUUUCUAUAUUAACACCUAUGGCACCCCCUUACUUAAUUACUAUUUUUUAUUUUGCUUAAGUUUUUUUUAUGUUUCAAUUCAUUAUGAUAAGAAAAGGUUGCUUAUUCUUAUCAUUCCCCAAUUUACGUUUAGUUAUUAAUUUUUUUAUUAUUAUUUUUACAUCUUAUUAGUUAGGCUGGUUAUUGAAGGUUUGGCUAUUUUUUAUUUACAUAUUCAGCAUGAAGUGGGUGGUGAAAUUUUAUACUUCUUUUUAGUAUCACUUUUAUUUAUUUUUUUAUUAUCUGAGUACUCUGUGUUUGCUUUUACAUUAUUUUUAUAUCAUAGUAAAGUUUAUUAUUAAUAUAUGUUUUUAUCCAUUAAU